ACGGCUUCGAAGGAGUGAACGAAAGGGCGUUCUUUCUAGCCCGGCCAUUACCAGUCGUCCACGCAAGCACUGUGGGCUUUCUGUUAUUCGUCGGUUGAUGAACCGUCCCGAGACGGCUUCGAAAGAGUUAGCACGUUCCACGAAUAAAAGAAAAUAUUUAAUAGCUUUCAAUGUACCAGAAUCUGUAGCAGUCCAGCUCAAGAAGCAUACGCCUUUCGGGGAGAAUGUGGAACUAGAAGUGUUACCAGAACAAAAAAUUACUCAUCUGGAAGAGGGUUGUUUCGGAGGAACUGAAUCUGAACAAAAUGAUGAACUUAUUCCUCCUCUCGAGAAAAAUCUUAUUGUAGAACAAGAGUUAAUACAACAGCUUUCAACAACUAUUAACAAUGAUGAAGUAUCAAGUAUAUUUCGUAGGGAUAUUGGAUCAUGA